AUUUUUGUAAAUUAUACUCUACUCUAUACACUAUCCAAUCACCUCUACAUGUGUCCGUUUUGUACAGUUAUUCGCCGCUAACUUCACCAUGGAGCCCCGGGCUCGCGCCGCCAAAAAUCGCGGCCAGCAGAACUUCACCGACCAAGAACUUCAAAUGCUCCUCUAUGCCCACGGCGAUGUCCCAAAUUCCCUCCCCGGCACAAUUCGUGUGCUCGACGAGAUGCUCUCCGACUUCAUCAUUGAGCUGUGCUUUGAAGCAGACCGCCCCGCGCAGCUGGCCGGACGGCAGAAGGUCAAGCUCGAGGACUUCAAGUUCGCGUGCCGCAAGGACCCGCUGAAGCUGGGGAAGAUCGAGGAGGUGUUUGAGCGCAAGGCUGAGAUUGAUGCUGCGCGUAAGGCGGUUGAUGUGAGCGAUGACAAGAUCACGAAGACGGGGGUUGAAAAUCUGGUGGGCGAGGAAUUGGGGGAGGCCGACGAUGAUGCCGAUACGCAGAUUGUGGGCGGGAAGCGGGGGAAGUAUAAGAAGAAGGAGCCCAAGGAGCCUAAGGAGUAGGUAGUUGGGGGCGUUUUGCUUCUUUGGGAGGGAGGCGUUGGGAAGGGGGAUAUUGUUUUGCAGGCGUUUUCGGAUCAUAUACCCACUGCUCAGGACAUGGAUGAAGGGGCUUUCGGCUCACGUCGGCCGAGUUAUAGCCAAACUUGAUGGAGAAGAAAAUAGAGCGAUGAUUUCAUAAUUCUGCCCAACAGCGAAUCUAGGUGACCAAGAGAAUCUUUGUCGCCAAAGCUAUUCUUCGGAGGGACCAAUCAUUGCUAAGUAUCAGAGUGAGUUUGUAUUGAUGUGUGGAAUGCGUUUUCUGGGCAACCUUCGCUCCAAAAUCGUGGGAAUACAGGUCAGUUUCGCAAGUAGGGCACAAUAGGCACCCCCUUUAUAUUCAUUCAACCCA